UUCAGGAGGUUGGGGUGGUAAUCAUUUUGGCCUCCAACAUAGCAGGGCAGGCACGAGGCAAGUUGGCGAGGGAGGUUAAAGUCUGGCCUUUGCACGUCGUCCCUCUUCUGAAUCUCCUUCACAAAGCCCAUCAGGUUCCCCUCACUGGCCUGGGGCGGAGAUGUGAGGUGCCCCACUCAGCCUCGCCAUCACAGUGCCGGGGACCGGUCCUAUCUCUGAUCCCUGUGGUAUGCGCCGCACAUGCGCAUUAACUCCCACCACGUGCGUUUUUACCACUGUGCUUCCCCUUCGCUCCCGUUCGCGGUCUCAAGGAAUUUCCUCCGGUGAGACAGCAGCUCAGUCCCCAUUUAGAAUCUGGAAAAGUCUCCAGACCGAAGGCGGCAUAGACGCUCGAGGCCCUCAAAUGGGCUCCAGAAAUAAUUUUCAUCCAAGCCCCUCGUGUCGCAACUGAAGAAACAAGGGAGUAUGUUAACCAAUCCCGCGGCCCGGGACCGCCGGGUGCGGAAAUGUUGUCCACAGACUGAGGUUCGAUUCAAUUUGAUUCUUCCACCGCCCACCACCAGCCGCCUCCCGCCCGUUGGAUGGUUUCCAGGCGCGAAUUUGCUCCCAGGAGGGCAGUCGGUGACCCACACUGGCCUCCCCAUUGUGGUCUCUCUGGCCAACAAGGCCGUUUCCUUCAGCUGCAGAAUCACCUAUCCAUACAUCCCCGAGCUCAAGAACUUCAGAGUCAGCUACUUUCAUGUGGACCUCCAGGGCCAGAAGAGCUCUGAGGAGCAGACAGGCUGCAAACUUCACCAGGGCAGAGAGAACAAGACCCACACCACAGUGUGUCAGGUCACCCCCAAGCUGCCUAAUGCAUCCGCCACCGGCACCUACUACUGCUCGGUCCACUGGCAGAACUCCAGCAUCACAGGCAACGGUACCUUCAUCCUGGUCAGAGACACAGGGUACCAAGACCCCUCCCAGGGCCCACAGAAGCUCUUGCUCUUUUGUUUCGUUGGCCUCCUGACUGUCCUGAGCAUCCUGGGCACGGCUCUGCUGCUCUGGAAGAAGAAACAGAAACAUGUGGCCCAGAAGUGCCUGGGCCCCCGCGCUGCUGGCAGCCUGGGGCAGCCUCCAUCCGAAUCCGUCUACACAGACCUGCAGUGCCGAGAGACCGAGGUCUACACCUGCAUCCAGAAGGAGGCCAGCAGCCCGUCCUCCACCCAGGGUCUUCUCUCUCAGGAGAAACAGCGCAGAUUUGAGGAUGACAGUGAAUUUAACCUGGUCUAUGAAAAUCUCUAGGACCAACUCCGCCAGCCCACAGGUCUUGCCCUGGGUCAGAGGCCCUGGGGCAGCCUCUCUUUCCGGGGGACUCAACCUACACCAGCAGUGAGGCCCCAGGGGUGCCCCAUCACCUCGCCCUCACAAUCCAGGCCCUCUUGCCUUGGCCGGGGGGCCCAACCACUCAUUCUGCAGCCCAGCCACACCCUCUGAGUGUUCCGCAUUUCCAGGCCUCUGCCCAAGCUCUUCCCUCUGCCAGGCGGGCCCUCCCUCAGUCUUCAAGGACUCUCUUGGACACCACCCACUCCCAGAGCCCUCCUCACCCUCUCGAGAGGCAUAGGCUCCCUUGCAGCUGCCUGCACCACCAGGAGGUUCCAGCCAGGAGCCCUUGUCAGUGCUGUGUGCACAGGCAUUGUGGAGUAGAUGAAUAAAGGAGCAACUAUGCA